UGUUUUGGCACACAGCUGUAUGUUGGAAGCACAAUUAUACAUUGGAAACUGUCUUAACUGGUGGUACAAAAAACCUUACCAAACAGCCUACUCUCCAAACGUAAAUCUUUACUUCCUGGAAAAAAGAAAAACCAACCCACAGCAACGCACAGCUACUGAAGUGCCAGGGGAGUGUUUGGGAAGAUCUUGGUAGACAGCCCGGAACAGUGGUGUGAUCGGGAUCUACUCAUCCGGAUGUCUGGAUAUACCCUGUAAUAUGAAAAUACUUGGUAAAUCAUUUCUUUGGCAUGGAUCUGGAAUUUCAGGAAGAGAGAUCAAAUUGCAAAGCACACACCUCUGGUGGAGACCAGAACUCAAUUAGUAUAAAUUCUCAAUCUUCACAGAUUGAGAACAGAUAACCAGAAUGAAAAUGGACCUUCAAGUGAGUCUCACUUGGAUGCUUCUGCUAAGUACUUCUCUCCUAUGUGAACCAGCAAAUGGUUUCUGGUGGCAGUCAACAGAAGACAGUGAAGGUUCAGCCUCACCAUGGGCCAAAUUCUCAGAAUGGCUUAAGAAGACAUUUAAACCCAAAGAAGAUACACCACAAUUGCGACUGGCAUCUGGUGGGGACAGAUGUGCUGGAAGGGUUGAAGUUUACCACAACAGCGAGUGGGGGACAGUCUGUGAUGAUUUCUUUGAUAUGAACAGUGCCGGUGUUGCGUGCAGACAACUCAAAUGUGGCCAAGUUGUUUCUGUCCUGGGGUGGGCUUACUUUGGCCCUGGAGAAGGAAGCAUCCUUCUGGAUGAUGUGAGGUGUGCAGGAACCGAAUCUCACGUUUGGGACUGCCCGCAUGCUGGCUGGAACAAAAGUGACUGUGGACACAAUGAGGACGUCAGUGUCAUCUGCUCAGAUGCAGUGCAGUCCACGAUUGCACCAACAGUAUCCACAGAGAGGACCCAAACUACGAUUUCAUCAACCACAUUGGUCACAGAUAUCUUUGUAACACCUGCUACACAACUGGCGACUUCUACAGAUAAAGGCAAGAGAAAAACCCAAGCUGUAAAUCUACAAAAAAUAAAUAAAAUCCAGUAG